GUGUGUGUGUGUGUGUUUGUGUGUGUGUGUGUGUGUGUGUGAGAGGAAUGUUACAGUUAAAUUCUGCACAUUUCCUCCUCAGAGACUUUAUCAGUUUCUCAGUAAAUCUUUACUCCAUGAUUCAGUUCCUGUAACGCUGCAAUGCUGUAACACUAGUUUGUUGUUAUUUAGUUCACUUUACAAGCCUUUUCACCGUACACACACACACACACACACACACACACACACACACACACACACACGGCAUGUGCAGGACAAAACAAUGAAGCUUUCAGGCUGAAAAGCGAGUUUGGCUGCUGCCAUGUUGAGUCGUUGAAAGAAGAAGCUGUUAAAUGAGUAAACAGGGCAGUGAAGGGGCAGGAACACAGAGCAGCAACACACACACACACCCACACCACACACACACUGCACACACACACUGCACACACACAAACACCCACGCACACAGCACUAAAGCUGACACUCAAGCUCCAGCCUGCUAACAUACUGCAUAAAGAGUCACGUUAAAUAGAGAACGAGUUCCUCAGGCGCUAAUCUCACACACUGACAGGCGGAGUCCUGGUUGAGUCCAGGUGGAGUCCAGGAGGAGGUGGAGGUGGACGUUUGUUUUUGGAGUUUAAAGACAUUUCUCUAUGGAUUUAUGGAACUCUUCUCUGAGUGGGAAAAGCAGAAAUGUCCCAAAUCCACAAAGAUGAGAAUUUCCGGCCAAAAACGCUGCCUCGCCGUGGUAGAGGCACACCAUUCCAACACACUAGUCUUUGCUCUCGCGCUUUUGUGUUUAACAAUCCUGUUCAUUCUCAGUUUGCUCACUUUGCCGAUCCCAGCGCCGGACACGCCCACUCAACGAUCCGAAACGAGGAGCGUGACUCUUCUCAUCUGGUGGCUUCCGUUCGGAAAUGCGCUCCGUCUCUCCGAUUGCGGAGCGAGCUACGGCAUGACGGGUUGCACCGUAACGUCAGACAGGCACGUCUACGCUCAUGCUGACGCCGUCAUCGUACACCACCGUGAGCUGAUGAUGAACUGGGAGGAGCUGCUGGAUAAGCCACGCCCCCCAUCGCAGAAGUGGAUCUGGAUGAACUUCGAGUCGCCGUCACACUCGUGGUUUCUGCACCAGUUUGAUGGGAUGUUUAAUCUCACCAUGUCUUACCGUACGGGCUCUGAUAUUUUUCUACCGUACGGUUAUCUUCGGCCGCGUCGUUUCCAUGGUAACAGACAGAUCCAUGUGGGGCGUAAGCGUGGUUUAGUAGCAUGGGUGAUCAGUAACUGGAGCGAGGAGCAGGAGAGGGUGCGGUUCUACCACCGACUUCGCCGCUACCUGCACGUGGACAUUUAUGGACGUGAAUUUCGUCCAUUAUUGAACGACAGUGUGGUGAAAACUGUCUCAGGUUACAAGUUUUACCUCGCAUUUGAAAACUCGUGUCACGCGGACUACAUCACAGAGAAACUCUGGCGUAACGCUCUGGUCUCCGGCGCCGUUCCAGUGGUGCUCGGGCCACCGCGGGAGAACUACGAGCGCUUCCUUCCUGCUGACGCCUUCAUCCACGUGGAGGAUUUUAAAGGCCCGCGUGCACUUGCUUCCUACCUCAAACACCUGGACCGAAACCCCGCCCUCUAUCGCCGUUAUCAUGCCUGGAGGCGGGACUACAACGUGCAUGUGACCUCGUUCUGGGUGGAGCAUUUCUGUGUCGCGUGUAAGGCAGUGCAGAACAGCCUCCAUGUGAACAAAAGCAUCAGACACCUCGCACCCUGGUUUCUGUCCUGAGCCCUAACUCCAG